AUGUGUCUUCACUCUACCAAUUUUUUCCGUCUUUUUAUUUUCUUUUUCUUUUUUACUUUUAUUCUCUCUUUCGUUGCCUUCUUUUCUUUUGUUCUUUUGGUUUUCUUUUUCUUUCCUUCUUUUUCUUUUCUUCUUUUUCUUUCCUUCUUUUUCUUUACUUCUUUUUCUUUUUAUAUUUUUCUUUUCUUCUUUUUCUUUCCUUCUUUUUCUUUUCUUCUUUUUCUUUUCUGCUUUUACUCUUCUUCUUUUUCUUUAGUCCAUUUUCUUAUCUUCUUUUACUUCUUCCUUUUCUUUAAUUCUUUUUCUUCUUUUUCCUUUCUUUUACUCUUCUUCCUUUUCUUUUCUUUUUCUUUUCUUCUUUUCUAUUUCUUUUUUCUUUUUCUUUACUUCUUUUACAAUUCUUCUUUUUCUUUAGUUCUUUUUCAUUUCUUUUACUCUUCUUUUUCUUUUCUUUCUCUUUUCUUCUUUUACUCUUCUUCUAUUUCUCUUCUUCUUUUUCUUUCCUGCUUUUUCUUUCCUUCUUUUCUUCUUGUUGUUGUUGUUCUUGUUCUUCUUCUUCUUCUUCUUCUUCUUCUUUUCCCUGCUUUACUUUGUCUUCUUCCCCUUUUAUUUAUUAUAUCUAUUUUCUUCUUCUUUUUCUUUUUCGUCUUCUUUUUCUUUUUCUUCUUCUUCUUAUUCUUUUCCCUUCUUUUUCUUUUUAAUAUAUUUUUCGCCCUCUUCUCCUUUUUCUUCUUCUUCUUCUUCUUCUUCUUCUUCUUCUUCUUCUUCUUCUUCUUCUUCUUAUUUUCCCGUUUUACUUUGUCUUCUUCCCCUUUUAUUUAUUAUAUCUAUUUUCUUCUUCUUUUUCUUUUUCGUCUUCUUUUUCUUUUUCAUCUUUUUCUUUUUCUUCUUCUUCUUCUUCUUUUCCCUUCUUUUUCUUUUUAA